UGGUUCGAACCUUUUUAUGCCGACUGCUGUGGACGUUUAGUGUGUGAAGACCCGGGGACCGACAACAGAAAGUACAUUUUCCACAUAAAGCUUAGGAUGACAGACAGGAGACCGUGUAGAGUGUGUAAUUUCACACGACAGAAAUCAUACGGGUUGGUCGUUCCCUCCCUGGAUGAUCUGAAGAUAAAAGGGUCUGAGUUCCUUGGGUUCAGCCCCAGAGAACAAGUCACAGUCGUGCUCGAGAAUGAUGGGACAAUAGUAGAGGAUCAGGCCUAUUUCUUGUGUUUACCCCUGAACACAAAGUUCAUGCUCCUGCAUGAUAAAGACUUGUGGUCUCCACUUCGCAGGAUGGAUGGUGGCACGGCCUGGAUGGCCAGAGAGUCUGUGAUACUGGAAAGUGAUACCGUUGAUGCCAACAUUGAUGUCCCACCCUGGUGCGACUUGGCUCAUCAGCUGAAGCAGGACCUGGCCAGCAUCAUCCUAAUGUCUGAAGCAGACUUACAGACCUUGGUAGAUGCCCCAUGCCCUGAGCUGGCCUCUGCUUUGCGCUUCCAAGAAAAGACGACCGAGAGCCUUCAGGAGUCACUGCAGAGGUUUUUGGACCGAAAAGAGGAAGCGCGGCAGUCCAAAGAGUUGCUCCAGCUCUACCUCAAAGCUGUGGAGAAAGAGGACAUGCAGCAGGAAGAGCAGAGGAAGCCCAGUCUAGGAGGGGCUGAAGAUGUUGAUAUGCCAGAUGGACUGGAAGUGGACUCUGCAUCCGGAUUCAUGUCCAGGACCUUGAUGGUGCUGAAAGGCAAAACAAGCCCAGAGACCCGCCUCUCCACUGAAGAUCUUCAGAUGGUAGUGACCAAAGGGAUUGACACUAUGGAGCAGGUGCUGGGCUGGAACAGGACAAGGACGUCUGAGCUGCUCGAGGCCUGUGAAGCUGAGCUGACCAAACGUCUGCAGCAGGUUCAGGCCAUACAGUCCGUCAGGAGCAGCGCGCAAGAGUCCGGUGAGACGUGCGCUGAGGAGAGCGAAGCAACUCGAGACAACAACUAAGCUGAGGUUUCACCUGAGCACAGACUGAUAAGAAUGAACACUACCUGCCUCAGGGUCAGUGGAAUGGGUUUCACCCUGUGUUACUGAUAAUAUCCAUACUACUGGAAUCCAUGAAUGCUAAUGAUGUUGAUGUUUAUAUCAUUUCGCAAAAAAAAACAUGCCACUCCAACGCUUUUGCCAGGAAGCAGAGUCAUUCGUACAAGUCUCCGUUAUCAAAGUUAUUGAAAGACUUAUUUGCAUUAACCACUGGCAUCAACUCUAUAUUGGCUCCUAAUCUUCUGCCAGACUUUGAAAAUAAACGUAGAUGUAAACAUGAUCAUGUGAAAGCAUGAAGCAAGUUAGAUAUACAGUAGAGUAUAUUUAUUUCUUUGCUUUUAGUAGGAUGUCAUCACUCGAAUGUCUGACAGUGUCGGGCAGAGUGAACCUGGAAAAUGGCUCCACAUCUCUUUUGUUUAACCUGAGUGCUAUUAGUCUUCCUAAAACGUGGGCACUAUUGGUUCAUGCUUUUUUAAUUCCACAUAUAAUAUUGUGGAGGAUAAAUAAUAAUAAUAAUGAUAAUAAUAUUGUUUACAUUCUGCUGCUCAUCUUUCAGAACCUUCGGUUGAAAGUAACUAAUGGAAAGCUAGUUUCAGAAACCCUGUCAAUCUCCAGCAUAUAGCGAGAAACAAGACAAAUUAUUUUGUAAGUGUUUCUUUUUGGAUGUUUAGAGAAUCUGGGAACCAGACUGAUCCUUUUGCUUUGUAGCUUGCACUAGAUUGUUCUCCUAAAUUCUGUAGUCCCACAUUUGAUUCCAAUCAGGUUUAAAGCCAAAUAGUCAACUCUCAGUGUCAAGCAAUGUUUAAGGUGAGUAGAGGAACACUAAAAUGUAUUUCAACUUGCCUAAUGUGGCAUUUUUGUUUUUUAUCGUUUACCACAGUCUUCAGCCUACAUGCUACUUGUGUUGAAAUGUCACUGAAUGUAACUGAUCCGUGACUGUUUUCUAUACUUGGGGAUGAAGAAAGAGUAAAACUAACAUAAUACGAUGAGUACAUGAACCAAAGUGAAGUUGCAUAGCCCUGUGUUAAAACCAAAAAAAACGUCCAAGAACACGCUGAGAGUAACUAUUUUUAUGCGAUAUAUUUAAAUUCUAAUUAUACUGAAUUGGUAUUAUUAUUAUUUUCAUAAUCAUUUAAUCUGCCGAUUUAUUUUCUAAAACCAAAAUGAUUCAGUUUGAAUGAUUUCUUUGUUAAACAAUAGCUAAGAAUGACGAAGCUUCUUUGAAUUACAUAGAAUCAGUAUUUCUGGACGUGCAAUCUUUAGACUAUCAAUUUUAUUCUAUUGUGCAAGUUUUGUGUCGAUCUAGUGGCUGUGUGUGUGCACGUGCAGGUCCAUGUGACUCAUAGGUCACAUAGGCCCUUUUUUAAUGCUCGGCAUCUCAUCAUCUGCCUGCUGAACAAUGAACACAAAUAAUGGAGUAUUUAAAUUUGUGAAAGGAUCGUCUUUUUGUGUUGUGGUGAGAUUGAGAUGUCAGUGCCAGCUUGUACUUUCAGAACUGCAUACGGAGAAUAGUGGAGGGUUAAUAAAGGGAUAAAUAAAUCCCUGAUACACUAAAGUAAACUGUCAUUUAAAGCUGAUAAGAACUGUUCUGUGUGAGCUCUUCAACAUAUUCUUUUUUUUCUUUUUUAAAAAUGAAAAUUGUAUGACAGUUAUUCCAACAGGAAGCUGUGUAUGACCAUACUGCAAAAGGUACCUUUUAUUCACAUGUUGAAUGGUAGGAGGAAUUUUCAUAUAAAAAAACCCCUCAAAAUUC